UAGCCUGUGAGAAGUAGUUUGAUUAACAACUGGAUGUCCUUGAGUUCUCAUGUGUGGAGUGUCAAGGACUAUGCUCUCGUUGGUUUCGUAGUGUUAGAAACAGCAAACCCAUCAGGAAAGGAAUAUGUGCUGAAGGUGUAGUUUACUUCAUAGGAAAAUAUGAAUAGAAGGGAAUAAAAAUAAAUAAUAAUGGCAACAUACCGAAAAAGAGAUGAAGGUUGCUGCAGUGUACAGUUUUUAAAAUAUGCUUUGCAUAUUUUCAAUUUUAUUUUUCUGUUGACCGGUUGUGCCGUGUUUAGUGUCGGACUAUGGACUGUGAUUACAAAGCAGCAUUAUUUUAGUAUUCUGAAUACUAGUACUUACGCAGCCACGGCAUACAUUUUGAUAACGGCCGGAAUUAUCGUGUUUUUGGUAUCGAUCUUGGGAUGCGUUGGACUCUGUAAAGAAGACCGUUGUUGUAUUCUUGCUUAUACAUUUCUUCUUCUUUUAAUAUUCCUUCUUGAGGCUGUUGCCGUAAUGUACUUCUAUACAGUUUGGUCGGAACUACAAAAUACAUUAAAUUCUACUUUUAUAUCCGAUUAUAAAUAUGAUCAAGCAAAAACUGAUGCAAUAGAUGACUUGCAAAGAAAAUAUAAUUGUUGUGGAGCAGAAAGCUAUAAAGAUUGGAAGUAUAGUCGAUGGUUAGCAGAGAAUGACGACGGUCAUAAAGUGCCUGAUAGUUGUUGUAUAACAGAGACCCUUAAUUGUGGAGUUAGAACUCAUCCAUCAAAUGCAUAUCAUCGUGGUUGUGCUACGGCUUUAGCAGCUCAGAUCAAAGACAAUUUAAUUGUUCUUGGUGCAGUUGGAUUAGGAAUUUGCUUAGUUCAGAUUAUAGGUAUGAUCUUCUCCUGUUGUCUAUAUGUUCAACUGAGAGAUUACGACAAUACUUAUUACUAAUGCAAAUAUGAGCCAUGUUAAA